UUGCAUUUUUUUAGUAGAGACGGCUUUCACCAAGUUGGCCAGGCUGGUUCUGACCUCCUGACCUGAAGUGAUCCCCCGCACCCAGCCCCAGGGCCCUGAUUAACCAGACAAAGCACUCAACACUGGAAGUGAAAUCUCAGCCCAUUUAUCCCUCCAUCCAGAGUGAAUGAACAAAUAAAUACACUAUUCUCCACUCCACUCACUGGCAGAAUUUCCCUUUAGUGCUGUCUUUUAGGGGCUCCCCUGAGGAGAGCUGUGGUACAGCACCGUCCUUUUUGGUGCCAGUGUAUCAUCUGACCCUCUGGGAACCACGGUCCCUGGGAAGGCAGCCAGACGACGGCAGCAGCUCAUCCCUCAAGGCGCAGAGCUUUCACGGGACUUCCUCUGGCCCCUGACCCCCCAGCCUGUGCCCAGCUCUGGGCAACCUCAGAGGCCCCAGGCCCAGGCCACAGCCGUGGGCAGAGUGGCCGGUGCAGCCCAGCAGCCAUGUCAGAGCCGGCCAACAGUGGCCCCUCAGGGGCAUCGGGCCCUUCCCAGCUGAGCGCCAUCACCCUGGAAGACCUGGGGCUCCUCCUGGCAGGAGACCUGACCAGCCCCGAGACCUUGAGCCUGGAGGAGCUCUCGGAGAGGUAUGAGUCCAGCCACCCGCCAUCCACGGCCUCUGUCCCUGAGCAGGACACCGCCAAACGCUGGAACCAGCUGGAGCAGUGGGUGGUGGAGCUGCAGGCCGAGGUGGCGUGCCUGCGGGAGCACAAGCAGCGCUGUGAGCGCACCACACGGAGCCUGCUGCGGGAGCUGCUCCAGGUGCGGGCCCGCGUGCAGCUACAGGGCUCAGAGCUGAGGCAGCUGCAGCAGGAGGUGCGGCCGGCAGCCCAGGCCCCUGAGAAGGAGGCGCCGGAGUUCUCUGGUCUCCAGAACCAGAUGCAGGCCCUGGACAAAAGGCUGGUGGAGGUCCGGGAAGCCUUGACUCAGCUCAGGAGGAGGCAGGCGCAGCAGGAGGCAGAGAGAAGGGGCGCCGAGCAGGAGGCCGGCCUCAGGCUGGCCAAGCUGACCGACUUGCUGCUGCAGGAGGAGCAGGGCCGGGAGGUGGCCUGCGGCGCCCUGCAGAAGAACCAGGAGGACAGCAGCCGGAGGGUGGACCUGGAGGUGGCCAGGAUGCAGGCCCAGGUGACCAAGCUCGGCGAAGAGGUGAGCCUGCGCUUCCUGAAGAGGGAGGCCAAGCUGUGCGGCUUCCUGCAGAAGAGCUUCCUGGCCCUGGAGAAGAGAAUGAAGGCCUCGGAGAGCUCGCGGCUGAGGCUGGAGGGCAGCCUGCGGGGCGAGCUGGAGAGCCGGUGGGAGAAGCUUCGGGGGCUGAUGGAGGAGCGCCUGCGGGCCCUGCAGGGGCAGCAUGAGGAGAGCCACCUCCUGGAGCAGUGCCAGGGCCUGGAUGCCGCCGUGGCUCAGCUGACCAAGUUCGUGCAGCAGAACCAGGCAUCGCUGAACCGCGUCCUGCUGGCUGAGGCGAAGGCCUGGGAUGCCAAGGGGCGCCUGGAGGAGAGCCGGGCCGGGGAGCUGGCUGCCUAUGUGCAGGAGAACCUGGAGGCCGCACAGCUGGCCCGCGAGCUGGCCCGGCAGGAGAUGCAUGGCGAGCUGGUGCUGCUCCGAGAGAAAAACCGGGCUCUGGAGGCAUCGGUGGCGCAGCUGGCCGGGCAGUUAAAGGAGCUGAGUGGCCGCCUCCCGGCUCUGAGCAGCCGGCUGGAUCUGCAGGAGCAGAUGCUGGGCCUCAGGCUGUCUGAGGCAAAGACCGAAUGGGAAGGUGCAGAGAGGAAGUCUCUGGAGGACCUGGCCAGGUGGCAGAAGGAGGUCGCCGCGCACCUGCGGGGGGUGCAGGAGAAGGUGGAUGGCCUCCCCCAGCAGAUAGAGGGUGUCUCAGACAAGUGCCUGCUCCACAAGAGUGAUUCGGACCUCAGGAUUUCCGCCGAAGGCAAGGCCAGGGAGUUUGAGGUUGGGGCCCUGCGGCAGGAGCUGGCCACGCUGCUGUCGUCCGUGCAGCUGCUGAAGGAACAUAACCCUGGGCGGAAGAUCGCGGAGAUGCAGGGCAAGCUGGCCACGUUUCAGAACCAAAUAAUGAAGCUGGAAAACUGCGUCCAGGCCAGCAAGACCAUCCAGAACCUCAGGUUCAACACUGAGGCCCGGCUGCGCACACAGGAGAUGGCCGCCCUGCGGGAGAGCGUGCUGCGGCUGCGCAGUGAGGAGGGCCCGCAGGCGCCGCUGGGCAGCCGGAAGCUGCUCCCAUCCCUGGCAAGGCUGCGAGUCUUCAUCAAGGACACGGCGCCAAACGAGGUGGCUGCAGUGGAAGGCGUCCCUCAUAAAGCUCAGGGCCCCGCGGAGGCCAGGAGGGGUCCCAGAGAAGCCCCACAGCCAGGAGCAGGUGCAACAGCUCACACCCUCGCUCUUUAUCCAGAAAUAAACGAACCAGCCUUGUACUCAUUAGAGCUGAGGUUCCCCGAUGCGUGCCAGUGAACAGCCUCCCCAGGGCCUGUGGGGUGAGAGGGGUGGCGAGGCCCCGGGCAGCGGGGGUGCCCAAGGCUGGAGGGAGCCAGUCUCUUGAGCCCCACAACUCUCCCUGUCAUGCCCAAGCCCAGCCUGGCUUCAGGCUGUUGCUUUUCCUAGCACUUCAGCAGCCCCUCUCCUUCCCUGCCAGGCCCCCUAGGGCUGCCAGAGCCCCCUGGGGUGGAAGGGGCUGGGCUGGGGCCUGCCCAGAAGCACCUAGGCCUGCCCCCGCCAGGACCCCCAGUGAGCCACCCUGCCCGGGUUGUGAGGAGGACCCGGGGAAGCUCCCUGGUCUGGGGCUCUCUGGCUCUGCCUCAGAGCCACUCCAGCCCAGCACCCUGCCGUGGAAGAACCUUCCAGCAUCUGUGGAGGAGACAGCCCUUGUCUGCUGUCUCGGUCAGGCAGUGGGCCCCUCUUCCUGCCUCUCCAAGGAGGGAUGGAGGAGGCUGUUACCAGGAGGACGGGAAGAGAGUCCAGUGCCUCAGGGGCGGCCCCGCUGCCGCCAGCUGACUCCGACCCCA